AUGACAAACUUUCCUAAAACGUUCGAAAAGAAUUUUGAAAAGCAAGCAGACGUUAGCGGCAGUAGCAGUGAUGGAAAAGAGCUCCAUAACUUACCACGACCAGCAAUAUCACCCAUAACAGUAAAUAAUUCCAGUAUUGCAGACAUUUCGAAAAACCAAGACUCGCAUACGAAAAAUCAACAAACGGAUUUUGCAUCGCUGAUCUCUAUAACUAUGACACCAGUAGCAUCGUCUUCACCGCGUAAUAGUUCCGAAUUUAGUGGGAUCGUGUCUUUUAAUCCCCAUCAACGAAAUAAACUUGUGCCUCCUCGACAAUAUUUUGCAACCAGGUUAAGUAGCGAUCGCAGUAGUGAUGGCGGAUACUUUACGCCAAAUAAUAGUGAGCAUAGCGGUAAUAACAAUGAACAACAACGCGGUUACCAAAGAACUGGCCGAUUUUACGGAAAGAUACCACCUGGUACGUCGAAACCGACUGCGACAACGCACUUUGCUAGCAGCAAAUGCUUCAACGCAACUUCACCUUCAAGUUUACCACAACCGCCACAGCAGUGGCUGCUUAAUAAGAUCGAUCAUCACCUAAGCUUUAACGUUGGCGAGGGCAAAGAUGAGCUCGAGUUGGCGAAGAGUGUUAAUACCUUCGAUUACUACAAUUUGAAGAUGUUGCUCACAGUAGGCGCAUAA